AUGAAGCGUAAAGUAAGUUGAAAGUAAGAAAACAGAGUUCCGGCGUCGCGGCGGCAAUGCGUCGACGAUGUACCAGAAUCUUGAGCGUUCGGGAGGAUCGUCAUGUAGUGUCCACGGCCUCGAAGGCUCUCCUUGGACAAAGACGACGUGGGCAAUCUCUAGAUCUCCUUGCGAAGUCUAGAGAUCAAUGAAAUGGGUCGUUGAAUCGUCUCUGGCGGCUGUCACCUAGUAGAGCGGAAAAACGACGACUUUGCGGUUCUCUGGCGGCUGUCACCUGACGGAGAGGAGCUGGAUGGAGGUGAGGCGCAUGUCAGGGAGCUUCAUCCUCAAGUCCACGCAGCAAGAGGAGGCUCUUCAUCGCAUCUGAUACGCUCUCAGGAGGUGGCAACUCGUCUCCCGGCGGAUCGUCCUCUUCCCGACGAUGGCUUGUUCGUCGAUCAAUCGGAGAUGAUUUACUCGAUGGAUUCACGAUCCUUUUAUCGCGAAUCCUUCAGCAAUUUUAGUAACAAUGCUCUGUGAAUCGCAUUGACGAGAUUUUCGCCGAUGAUCUAGCGAUUUUGGUUGCUUAAUCCUUCACCGGUGAUCUGCAAGAAAGUUGCGAUAAUCAGAUAAAAAUAUGAGUUUUGGCUCUGGGAGGAUUCGAACCCGCGCCGGUUGCCCCCCGCCUUUUCUGAGGAAGGUGACGGGUUUAGUCCCACAUCGGUUGUGCGCCGAAUUUUUGGGCGAAUAUAUAGUAAUGUUACAUUUCGAAGCAAAGUCCAUUUCUCGCGCUUGUACGACCACUCCUUGCCCCACAGCCGGCUGGCCACUGGUGACGUGGAAGAGGAGUGGCGUACACGUGCCCCCAUCGGUUCAAGCCGCUCGAGCCCCUACUCAUGGCUCAUGCCCGACUGUGCUUCCGACCCACUUGCGGGCCCGGUUGGCCGGUGGGUCCCCCUGAUUUUGCUACAUUUUUAUUUUAAUUUCUUUUCCUUCAUUUAUCUUAAAAGUAAGACUGUAAAAAUCGUAUAAAAUUAGAUAAUUACCCAAAAAUUCAUGUUAAUCAACUGAAAACUACUUUUCACACUUUAACAAAAAUAUAAGUCUAUUUAUCAUGAGUUAAGGCUAAAACUAUAUUCUUUACUAAUUAUUAACUCAUGAUAAUGAAGACUUAUCACCCCAUCAGUCCUAGUCGUUCGAGCCCUUGCUCGCAGCUCCUCCCCGACUGUGCUUCCAAUCCGCUUGUAGACUCGGCUGGCCGGCGGGUCCCCUCUAUUUUGCUAUAUUUUUAUUUUUAUUUCUUUUUCUUCAUUUAUCUCAAAAAUAAGACUAUAAAAAUCAUAUAAAUUCGUAGAAAAUCACAUAAUUACCUAAAAGUUCACGUUAAUCAAUUGAAAACUACUUUUCACACUUUAACACAAAUAUAAGUCUAUUUAUCAUGAGCUAAGGCUAAAACUAUAUUAGUUACUAAUUAUUAACUCAUGAUAAUGAAGACUUAUCACUGCACAAUGUUGGAAUUUUGUUUUCAUGCUUUCAACUUAAUUUUUGCUUCAUUUAGUGAUAAUUUGUAUGAUUUAAAUUUACCAAACUAUUUUUCAUUUCAUUACAAUCAUUUCGGCUUUUAUAGAUCUUAAUUUGAUCAAUUAAAUCAUCUAUAAUUGUUUACAUAAGAAUCGAGAGUUCUGCUUGAUUCGACUUCGUCGGGUGGUGAUGUCAUCAUGACAUCCACACCCUUAUUUUCCUUUUUUGUGAAUUUUAAAUAUAUUUCAUUUCUUUUUCUUAGUAUAAAAUUCAUAAAAACUCAUAUUCUUCGAAAACAAUUCUGAAAAAUUAUUCGAUACUAUAUUACAUCCUUAUGAUCGACCUAGAGAAUUUCUAAUAUUUUUGAAACUUUUAUUGAAUUAGAAUUAAUAUAUUUGUUCAGAAAUACUUCUAAAGAUCUGAAAAUUAGUAUUUUAUAGUUUUAUAAAUUUUAAAUUUGCGUGAUUUAUUAUACAACGAUUAAGUCACAUUCUAGCCUACAUCACAUGAAAUAAGAAUUUUAUUGAGAUAUUUGAAAUACAUACAAGUCUUUGACUAUAAAUUAAGAUGACAACUGUGUUUUGACUACAGCUUCAAGAGGUAGAGCUCCAGUUUUACAGCGACGAUCAUCAGAAUUUUGUGUUCGGAAGGAUUUAGCCUCAAAGGCUCUCCUUAGACAAAAACAAUGAACCUACCAUUUUGAUUUAAGGCAUAAUGAUGUGCACUUUUUUCAGCUAAUGUUUUAAUUAAUUCAAUAGCUUCGUCCUCAUAUUUAUUCAUAAAUGUUCCACUAGAAGCUGCAUCAAUUAGAUGCCUAUCUUUCUCAUUCAAUCCCUCAUAAAAAAAUUGAAAUAAUUGCCAAUUUUGAAUGCCAUGAUGAGGACAUUGCCUAGUAUAGUCCCUAACUCUUUCCCAAGCUUCAUAAAACGAUUCUUGCAGGCUUUGCACAAAUCUCUAAUUUCUCUUCUAAUUGAAUUAGUCUUACCCACAUAAUAAUUUUUUUAAAAAAAUACUACCUCCAUUUCACUCCAAGAACUUAAUUCUUGGGCUACUGCACGCAGCCAAUCUUUGGCCUUAGCCUUAAGUGUAAAUGGGAAUAAUCUCAUCUUCACAGUUUCUAUAGAAACAUUUGGGUAGUGAGAAAUGGCACACGAGAGAAUUCUUUUAAGUGUUUGUAUGGUUCUUCAUGAGGCAUUCCAUGAAAAUGUGGAAGCAUCUGCACCAGAUGAUGGUCAACUCAAAAAUUAACAUCAUUUCCUAUAGGUUCAUUGAUCCUAUUUAUUGGCCGAUAUUGGAGAGGUGCUGAAUGAUCUUUUAAGCGCAUUCUUCUAUCUCCCAUUGAUUUUCAUCCAUUCUUCUCUCUUUUUUUGGAUUUUCUUCUACGUUUCUACUGUUUUCUAAAUUGUCUUCUUCUCUUCUCUCAUUCUUAGGAUUCUCUUAUAUGUGAGAGGUGUUUUCUCAUCCUGAAUUUGGUAGAGGUGCUGUGUUUCUAACUAAUCUUCUUUCGUGCAUGAAUUUAACUUUCAAUAAAACUCAAGAAAAUAAAUGGCUACGUUUUUUUUUUUAUAAAAACAAGUGAUAAAUCAGGUCAUUAAUUUUUCCUGAAACAAUGAGAAAAAAGAUUAUGAUUAACUUUAAUUCAAUGCUUGUAAUAAUUUAAUUCAAAUAAGUACUGAAAUACUUUGAAACUUUGCAAGACAUGUCACCAAUUCAAUUUGAUAUUCAACAAAGUCAGUAUCAUUUAAAUAUAUUCCUUAUUGCUGGACAUGCUAAACACUUAAAACAAUAUUUAUUUAAUAAAGAAAGUAAAAUACCAAGAAUUUCGUGAAUAAUAUUUCAAAUCAAUUUCUUUAAACAAAUUCUUAAGUAUGAUUUAAGAUAAGAUUUCAGAUCACGUAGCUUGAUCUCUUAAGUUCUAAUGAUUUUACUAACUUGUAUCCACUAAAAUACUUCUCUACUAAUGAUCAAUCUCAAAAAAUGAAAAGAAUUAUCACCUUAAAACAAUGAAGAUUAAAUCUAACAGCACUCAAUUCCCCAACAAUGGUGCCAUUAGAUUGUCUUAGAUUGGAGGUGUCGUUAGGCCUCAAUCUGCUCAAUCAGAAUAUAGAUAUAGAUGCACGAUUAAAUGUUGAUUCACCAAAAUGAAUGUAGACAAGAUGAGUUAGGUUGUCUCCUCAGCAAAUUAGGAUGUAAAUUUAAUCAGUUAUUGAUUAGAGAUGACAAAGAUUUGAAUGUGGGAAAAUAAGAAGAAGAAACUUGAGCAUGGGGUUGCAAAUGAUGGACAAUGAGAAAUAAUAGAUGAUGGAAAAGAAGAUGAUUACACAAUCUCAGGGAUUAUGUGAUAUGAACGAACCCAAUAAAGCUAAAUCUUAUCUAUAACAUCCAAAUCAUAAGUUUCCUUGAAGCCAACCUGAUUAUCACCACAUCUCCAUCCUUAUUUUCACCAAGAGGAGGCGAUCAUUGUUAGCCAUGGGAGGGAAUCUCGUUCAGGGCAAAGAACUUGAGGAUCAAUGGAUGAACUCAUCUCUUAAGCACGAGAUGAGGAGCUUGGAACCCUUCAAACCCUUAUGGGACAGCUGCUGCCUGAAGUUCUAUUCCAUAGAAGCUAACCACAAAAUUUGUAAUUACAUGUUUAAAUAGGGUGGCUGCCCACUCUCCUUCCCUCUCUCUCACUUACAAGAGAUUAGGUUAAGAGAUCCAAACGCUUUGCACCCUUUAACCUAAAAAUAAACCAUUGGAUCUUCACGCCUCCAAUAAUAAAUCUUGGCCCUUGGAUGGAAAUUAGGUCUUCAAUCUUUUAAUCUCCUCCCUUGGAUCACUUCUCCUUAUGGUGUGUCUCUCUUUAAGUUUUAAUCUCCACCAUUGGAUGAGUGCUCCUCCUCUCCUCCUCAAGUAAAAAUGGACGGUGGAUCUUCUUUCACUUAUGAACGCCCUCUUUAAGUGAUUAUGGGCCAAAGGUCCAAAAUUCCUUUUAGGCCCAUAACCCCUCUUCUGGACCCAUGGAUGUCCUCAGUCACCUAGUGGCCUGCUAAAGCAUAACCUCAACACAAAACAUUAGGCAGCAAGGUUGAUUGUCAAUCUUGUUACAUGAUAUAAAUCAAAUCUUCUAAGGAAGACAUAAAACCAACACAACUAAAGAGAAAUUUAUCAAAGGUAUAUAAAUAUCCAUGUAUCUAAUAUUGUAGUAAUAUCGUGAUGACCUAUAUUUUCAUGUCCUAAAUGAGUCAUACUUGACAGAAUAAUCUAUGUUUAUACAUGGUUAGUGAUGACUUAUCAAUGCCCUACAAUGAGGGAGGAAGAGAAUAUAAAUAGGGGUCCUAAUUUCUCAAAGUGAGAAACCCAUGAUGUGUGGCCUCUCCUUAAUUUUAGAUUUGGGCCUUUCUUGUUGGGCCUUGAACGUGGGUUGGCUGCUUCUCUCCUCCACAUUUAAUAUCCAAGUUAUCUAGGCCUUGAAAUUCAAUGUAACUCUAAGAAAAAUGUGAGAAUAAUCCACUUGAUUCAAAAGAAUCAAGUAGGGUUAGUUCACAAGUCAAUAAAUACUCAAAAUAGGGACUAGAUAAAUAAGACAUAUUUAUUUCAUUUUAAUCAUAAAUAAGUGAUAAUUACCAUGCUCAUGAAAAUAUAAAUAAUUAAUUAAAGCAUAAAAACAUAUAAUUAUUACUACAUAUUUAAUAUCAUCAACAGCUAAGGAGGCAUCAUGGUACCGAAGACUUAAGUUCUUGAUCGGUAGUGGUUCAUGACGGAUUGAUCCUACGUUGUUCAACGUGCCACGUGACUAAGCACAUUUAAUCCAGUGACUGUUGAAGCACCACAAUAUCAAAAACUUAAGUUCUCCCACAUAUCAUCAUUAGGGAUAUAAAGACAAUAAUUAAUUAUUAUCUAGUAAAAUAGAUAUUAUCAAUUAUCUUUAAAAUCUCGUCUGCAGCCGUGAAUACAACAAUUCAUUCUUCCCUCCUUUCAUGCGAUCAACGUCUUCAACAAUCGGCGAGUUCAUUCUUUCCUCCCCUGACUACAUUCAAGGCCUUCAGUGAGUGGUUAGCUCUUCCCUUCUGAUGACGGUGAUAUUGUGUUCGACUCUUCCUUUUGGCAGAUUUCUUUGGCAAGGGAUGCAAUGCUUCCAGAUAAUACUUUUGUGACUUCUGACGUGGUGGUCGGCACGUCCAGACAAAAUAAAGUCACCACACCGAUGUCUCCAGUUACCCUAGAGGUAGACUAAAUUUUGACAAUGACUUAUUUUCUACUUUCAAUAUUUACUUAGUUUUGUUAUUUAUUUAUAUUUUACAUAAAGUUAUUUCUAUUUUAUGUAUGUUCUAAUAGAAAUGAGUAGAACUAAUUCAAAACUUGAUGAAUGAUAUUCAUUCUUCUUUUAAAUCCUCCAAAACUCUUCUGAGACUAAGCUAAGAUCAUUUUCAACUUAUUUUCUAUUGAUUUUCGUAGUCGAAUCUUGACAUAUUCAUGCUCACAAUGUUAUGUAAAUAAUUGUUAUUUUUCUAUUUUCAAAUGUAAAAUUAGUGAGAUUAAAAGCUAUUUAAUGAUUGUUAAAUUGUUAAAAUAAUGUGGAGACAUUCAUGGCUGACCUCAUAUCAUGUGUGUGAAUUCUCAAGCACACAUUCAUGGCUGAUCGUAUUUCUCUCAUUCUUUAUUGUCAUCUUAUUUCUCUCUCUCCCUCUCUCGGAAGACCUCUUCUUCUCUCUCCAUCUCUCUCGAUCGAUCUCCCUUUCUCUCGUGAGAUGUUUCUCUUUCUCCAUCUCAUGUGAGAUUUCUCUCCUCUUUCUUUCUCUCUAUUUCGUGAGAGUUCUCUCCUCUCUCCUUUUUCCUCAAUUUCUUCGCUUCUCUUCUUUUAUUCUUCUCACCUCAUCCUUCUAUUUUAUUAUUUCUAUUAAAAUUAAUAAAAUAUAAAAAUCACUAUAUAUAUAUAAAUUAAAUUAGUUUUCAUGAUGGAUUAAUCAAUCUCUCUAUGUUCGACUUGAAACUUACUUCUAUACUAAUAUUUUAUUAAGUCUUAGUUAUAAAUAUUAUUAGAUAAUAUACAUUUAAGCACAACGACAAAUGCACAUCAAUGGCCCUAUGACACAAAUCACUUGUGGACAUUUCCCAUCAACAAUGGUAGCCUUAAUUCAAUUCACUUCCAUUGUGCAUAGGUUGUUCCUCAACUUCAUCCAAUCAUUGGGCAUGCUCUAAAGACUAGUUGACUUAAGGGAGACUAAGUACAAGAACCUCUAGAAUUCGUAGUAGCUUUCUCCUUUGGGAAGAAUCCUCAGCUUCUUAGUCUGACUUUGUGCCCCCUUCUCUUUUUUACCUUGCUAGCACCACCUUGGAAUGCCCAAUCGAAGGAGAUUGGCUAGUUGGUCCUUGCAAGUUUGGCCAUCAUAGUUGUUGAUGCCACCAUUAGAUGGUACAAUUGCAAAUAAAGGCUUACAUAGUUCUAGUUGACAUGCAUGGGGAUGGGCAUAAGCCAAAAAGAGGAAAGCAAUGUUGCACACUCCCAUGGCAAGAAGGACCAGAGAGGAAGGGAGGAAGGAAGGGAAGAGGGCAUCAAAGGUGAUGACAAUAAUGGGUCUUCAAUAGAGGGUUAUGGUAUCCGACCUUCAAGAAGAACUAUAUUAGUUGUUUAAGCAUAGUGGAUAUGUGAAUCUAUAAAGGUUCAACCACAAUGAUCUUUGAACAUUCGAAUUUAUAUUUGUUAAUAAAUAAAUAAAUAAAUUAAAUUUAGAUUUUCUCCUCACCACAAUGAGUUGAGCAAAUCUUGAUUGAAAAUUAAUUAUGAUCAGCUGAUUUCAACGAUGGCAUCUUCAAUAUUUAGAUUUCUUCUAGACAUGAUGCAGAAGCAUAAAAUCAAACAUAAUUAAAUUUCUUCUCAUCAAAUUUAGAGAAACAUUGUUAGUGAUUUUUUUUCUUAGUUUCUUAUGACAAAAUGCCAUUCAAAAUCCCCUUCCUAUGUAUAGAAGCACCUAUUAUCAAAAUAGAAGACUACCAAGAAGACAUGAGGUUUUAUAAACUUAGCCUAAAAUGGACACUAUUAAAAUUUAUCUAUCAAUUUCAUCAUGAGUAGAAGUCAUAUCAUGAGCAUUGACAUGACUUAGUCAUUGUAUAAUAAAUCACGUAAAUUUAAAAUUUAUAAAACUAGAAAAUACCAAUUUUCAAAUAUUUAGAAGUAUUUCUAAGCAAAUAUAUUAAUUAUAAUUCAUUACAAUUUCCAAAAAUAGUGUAAAAUUUUCAUGUCAAUCAUAAGGAUGUAAUAUAAUAUCGGAUAUAUUUCAGAAUUUUCUUCAAAGAAUAUGAAUUUUUAUAAAUUUUAGACUAAAAAAUGAAAAUAAAAUAUAUUUAAAAUUUACAAAAAAAGAAAAUAAGGGGGUGCGGACAUCAAGAUGAUGUCAAUGCCUGACGAACACAAAUUGGGCAGAAAUAGAGUUCUGUCUAGUGAUUUUUACGUAAGCAACUACAGAUGAUUUAAUUGGUCAAAUUAAGAUCUAUAAAAGCCAAAAGAAUCGUAAUCAAAUGAAGAGUAGUUUGAAAAUUUGAAAUCACACAAAUUAUCUCUAAAUAAAGUGAAAAUUAAGUUGAAAGUAAGAAAAUAGAGUUCCGGUAGCACGGCGAUAAUGCAUCGACGAUGUACUAGAAUCUUGAGUAUUUGGGAGGAUUUUCAGGUAGUGUCUACAGCCUCAAAGGCUCUCCUUAGACAAGGACGACAUGGACAAUCUUUAGAUCUUCUUGUGAAGUCUAGAGAUCAAUAAAAUAGGUCGUCGAAUCAUCUCUGAUGGCUGUCACCUAGUGAAGUGAAAAAAUAAUGACUUUACGACUCUUCAACGGCUGUCACCCAACAGAGAAAAGUUAGAUGAAAGUGGGGCGCAUGUUAGGGAGCUUCAUCCUUAGGUCCACGCAGCAAGAGGAGACUCUUCAUCGCAUCUGGUAUGCUCUCAGGAGGUGGCGACUCGUCUUCUGA